AUGAGCUCCGUGCUUGGCCCUUCCCUGUACAGCACUCCAGCCCUGCCGCCAGCGCCUGCGACAUACUCUCCCCUCUCUGUCGGUGCUCCAUCCAUGGCGGACACUGCCUCUCCUGUCGAUCCCACACAACGCUCCCGGGCCUUCGCCGCUUGUCUGCGAUGCAAGCUCAACAAGGUCAAGUGCGACGACAGCCGCCCAUGCACGCGCUGCCUGCGGCAAGGCUGCGGUCAAGCAUGCCUGGCGUACAGCGUGCAGAGGCCCCCGCAAGGGCUGUCAAUGACGGGGGCGAGGAGCAGCGCAAGCGGUCUGCAGGAGACGGCUGGCCCAGCGAUGAAGCGACGGUCGUGCGAGGGGUGCCGGCAGAAGAAGGUCCGGUGCAGCAUGGAGAGGCCCUGCUCGAGGUGCGGGGGGAACCUGGUCCAGGCGUGCAGAGACUGCCUGGCGAGCGUUGCUCCUACGCUGGGGGCGUGGAUGCAGAUGUGCCCUGAGCAGCUGGAGGUGUGGAGGUACUCGUGCAGGCGGCUGAAGCACCGGAGGAAGCAUGUGGUGCGGGCGUGCGAGGCGUGUCGUCGGUCCAAGGUAGGGUGCGACGAGGGCCGGCCGUGCUUGCGGUGCUUGCGAACAAGGCGGGGGUGCAGGGACAGCCUGGGAGAAGAGGCUGGCAAGGUAGACGGAGAGCAAGAGGACUCGGACGAGGGUGUGGAGGUAGGAGACGGGGGAGCGCUGCUGGGAGAGGAUGAGGGUGCGGGGAGCUGGGAGGGGCUGGAGCUGGAGGAGCCGUUGGAAAGAUCAAAUGAUUGGUUGCUGCUGGCGGAGGAGGAAGCAAGGAAGGAAGCAGGGAGGUCAUUCUGGGAGGACGGGGGCAUUUAUUUUUGUUGCUUGGAAGGAAACAAAGCUGUUUGA